GAGGGGCGGAGCGCGGGGGGGGAAGCGUUUGUGUGAGGCACCGAGAGGCUCAGGCUCCCAACUCAGAUUUACAAAAAAAACGGAACUAUGUAUGACGAACCAGAAAGAACAAAACGGUGGGAAGGAGGUUAUGAGAGGACUUGGGAAGUCCUUAAAGAAGAUGAGUCGGGUUCACUUAAAGCUAGUGUUGAUGAUCUCCUCUUCAAAGAAAAAAGGAAAAGAGUUUGUGAGCACUAUGGACAAGUUAGACUUGGAAUGAUGCGACACUUGUAUGUGGUAGUAGACAUGUCGAGAUCAAUGGAAGAUCAGGAUUUGAAACCUAAUCGACUUGCCUGUACACUAAAGUUGCUGGAAUAUUUUGUAGAAGAAUACUUUGACCAAAAUCCCAUUAGUCAGAUCGGUAUCAUUAGUACAAAAACUAAACGGGCAGAGAAGAUGACCGAGCUUGCAGGCAACCCAAAGAAACAUAUUGAAGCACUGAAGAAAGUGGUUGGUGUUGCAUGCAGUGGGGAGCCGUCACUUUAUAAUUCACUCAGCUUGGCAAUGGAAACUCUAAAGCACAUGCCAGGACACACCAGUCGUGAAGUCAUUGUUAUUUUUAGCAGCCUUACAACUUGUGAUCCAUCCAACAUUUAUGACCUGAUUAAGUGCUUGAAGGCUGUUAAAAUUCGAGUGUCAGUGAUUGGUCUGUCGGCAGAAGUUCGUGUCUGUACCAUGCUCACCCGUGAAACUGGCGGUACUUACCAUGUUAUUUUAGAUGAGAACCAUUUCAAAGAGUUGCUUAUGUAUCAUGUGAGCCCUCCACCUGCCAGCUCUACCUCAGAGUGUUCCCUUAUUCGUAUGGGUUUCCCCCAGCAUACAAUGGCAUCAUUUUCAGAUCAAGAUGCAAAACCAUCUUUUAGUAUGGCACAUUUAGAUAGCAGUAGUGGGCCAGUGUUAACACUUGGUGGAUAUUAUUGCCCCCAGUGCAGAGCUAAAUAUACUGAACUACCUGUAGAAUGUAAAGUAUGUGGUCUUACAUUAGUGUCUGCGCCCCACUUGGCAAGAUCUUAUCACCACCUGUUCCCAUUGGAUGUGUUCAGAGAAACUCCACUGGAGAGGAUUCAGGGAGAAAGAUACUGUCAAGGCUGCCAAGGGGAGAUGAAAGAUCAGAAUGUUUACAUCUGCACUGUAUGCCAGAAUGCCUUUUGUCUGGAGUGUGACAUUUUUAUUCAUAACACAUUGCAUUGCUGUCCCGGGUGCAUCCACAACCAAUCUGAUCCUCAGUGAUGGUCAAAUAAUGCAUUUGGUUAAUGGAGAGCUAGAUUUGAAUAACUAAUUUGCAGAACUAUCUUCUGUGUCUAUAGCUGGGAACCUUGUUUACAAAAACGUAUAUUGUUCAUACUAUGCCUGAACUGUUCAAUCCGGUUUUGUAAAAAUCAGGUCUUUUCAUGUCUGUGAAAUGAAACGAAUAGUUCAUUUUAAAAUCAAUUUAGCAAAAAAAAACCAGCAACUGAAUAGGUCUUAGCCAUAUGCAUGUUGACCUCAAAUACCUUUUCUUACGGUUUUUGUUUUCAGUUUCUAUUACCUUUACCUGACAUUUCCAGUUGUUUUUUCCCCCCUUCAUUUUCUCCGCUUUUCUGAAGUUAUUGCUUCUUGCUGUGAUAGAAUGAUGCUCACCCUCUUGAUACCUCAACAAAUGGCUAUUCUUUAUGUGUGAACUUGAACUUUUGAGUGUUGACAAGCUAUUUAAUUGUGCUGGCUAUCACAGUGGAACCCUUGCUGCCCUUACUUGACAUUCAUAUGUACGCAUUUCCAGCAGGAGUCAGUAGAUAGCAAUCAUGAUUGGAAAGCUGAGCUGAUUAUUUCCCCCCUUUCCUACCCCCAUAACCUGUGGCCGAUUGUAGCACCUUUACUAUUUUUCAGCUAAGAUUGGCUAAAACUCAUCCCAGUCUGGGAUCAAACCUGUAACUUUCUGGAUUUGAAAAAUUCUGUUGACAUUAAUAAUAAUCCUUUGAUAUAGCCCCUUAUCACGUUGUUCUGACAU